CGACGAAGCGCGCCAGUGACGCUGUGGGUGCUGCAGCAGUCGGUUCGUCAGCGGCGACAUCAUGGAGACCAAACCGGUUAUCACCUGCCUCAAGACCCUCCUCAUCGUCUAUUCCUUCGUCUUUUGGAUCACCGGCGCCAUCCUGCUGGCGGUGGGCGUCUGGGGCAAGUUGAUGCUGGGCCCGUACAUCUCGCUCAUCGCCGACAACUCCACCAACGCCCCCUACGUGCUCAUCGGCACCGGGACCGUCAUCGUGGUUUUCGGCCUGUUCGGAUGUUUCGCCACGUGCAGAGGAAGCCCGUGGAUGUUGAAGCUGUACGCCAUGUUUCUGUCGCUGGUCUUCCUCGCCGAGUUGGUGGCCGGGAUUAGCGGAUUUGUCUUUCGCCACGAGAUAAAGGGGACCUUCCACAGGACGUACACCGACGCCGUCCUCAACUACAACGCUGACGACGAGGCGAGCCGCGCCGUUGACAGCCUGCAGCGCAGACUGCGCUGCUGCGGCGUGCGCAACUACACCAGCUGGUUCGGCAGCGUGUAUUAUCCGUCCAACGGCGUUCCCGCCAGCUGCUGCGUCAACGCGAUGGACUGCAACCCGGACGACCUCCGCAACGCGACCGUGGCCCCCGGCAAAGUUUAUCACCAGGGCUGCUACGAGCUGGUCACUUCAUUCAUGGAGACCAACAUGGCCAUCAUCGCGGGUGUCACGUUUGGCAUCGCCUUCUCGCAGCUGAUUGGCAUGUUGCUGGCCUGCUGUCUGUCCAGGAUCAUCACAGCCAACCAGUACGAGAUGGUCUAGCUGACGUCACGUGGCAGUGAGGUGAAGAGAAGAUGAAAAAAACAAAAAAAGAGACAGACGAGAGUACUUUUGUUUCCUUGAAUGAUCUCAAAACAUCUCAUUUCCGCCUGCAAGCGACCCGCCGCUGUGCGUGCCACACGCCACGCUGGCACACCGGCGCCGGCUGCACUCAAAGCGUCGCCUUCGCGCACAUUUCACACUUGACUUGAUGCUUUUCAUUCGCGGUAGACCGACGCCAUCAUUGAAAAACGGCUCCUGUCUUUAGAUUCUCAAGGAGACACAGUUCCACGCUUAUUAAAUCUGCCACCCGACAGUAGGGGGAGCUGUUGCGCUCCAGUUCUCCCCCCCCCCCCCCCAAUUUAUUUCUGAAAAUGGCAUACAAAGGAUCAUUUGCAGGAACUGUGCGAGUAUUAGGAGAACACCGAGAAGAAAAUAACACAAUUUGCGAAGGAUAAAAAUACGUAUUAAGUUACUUAGAAUAAUAUUUUUUAUUUUUUUCCCCCAAGAAUCGUUAUGGAUUAAAGACAACACUCGCAGCUGUAGUCUGUUUUAGUUUUGUAAUAUUAUGAUUUUACACUUAAAUAAACCUUUUCUUGCAUUGGGACUUUUCUCCUACUUUUAAGACUUUGCUCUUGCAAAAUAUAAUUCUUUCUCAUAAUAAUGACAUUUUCUUUCUCAUGUUACAACCUUAUUGGUCUAACAUCAAAAAUCUUAUGAUUCUAUUUUUGUAAAAUGACUACUUUUCUCAUGUUACAAAUUGUAUGAUGAGAAUUGGGUAAAAUGAUGACUUUCCUUGGAAUGUUAAAUUUUUCUCCAAUUACAACUUUCCCCUGGAGUUUAUUAUUUUUUAUUUUAUUUUAAUCAUUGAUUUUUUUUAAAGUAAAAACAUUGUCCUCAUAUCCCAACAUUUUUGUAAUAAUAUACUUGAUUCUUGUAAAAUGUUUGUUAAUUUAAAACACAUCUUUUAAAGAAUCACUUUUCUCAUAAAUGACCUUUCUUUGGGGGACUUUUGCGACUUGUCAAUUUGAAUCCCCCAACAUGAGUUUUUUCUCGUAUGACAUCCAUAGUCUUUUUAAAAAAAAUCCCCCAAAAAAAUCUCAGGUCACAAAAAUGGACUUUUUCCCCUGAAUCUUCUCACUUGGUUUUCUAAUAUUGGACUUCAUUCCCAUCAAAUAAAAAUGUGAAAUGGACUAUUUUAUCCCAACAUUGCAACUUUUUUUCCGUUCUCAACGUUGUUCUCCUAAGUUGCCCAAUUUCUUUGCACCCUUGCGACUUUAUUACGGCCAAUGCAAUUCCUUUUCGGUUGUAAUAUUACACCGAAAGCAGAAAUUAUUUGAAAAGAUCUUUGAUGCUCCCCGAGUGACAGACAGUGUGUUGUUAUGUGUGUUGUGCAUCAACACGCCGCCGUUUCCAUCAUCAUCAUCAUCAUCAUAUCUGUAGAUAUGUACUGUAAAUGUAAUUUAUAAUACUAACGAUGAUGUAAUGUUUCAUUGUAAUAUGAUAAUUGGCUGCGUUUAAUCUACUGUUUAGUCGUAUUUGUUUGCACCGACUAGUAACUAGUAGUGGCUGCUGUUGUGACGUAGACUUCUAGUAGGGUUUGGCAUUGCAGCUUCAACAAGUGAUUUUUCUCCUUAUUUUUAUUUUUUUAACUCCCCCCGAACUAUUUUCCUUCUGUUAUUUAGUGGCUCUUGAGUUCUUCAGUAGUUAACAGUGGAUUUUGUUUGUUUGUUUUUUAACUAGUUGCUGUUGUACACUGCUUUGAGUACAUGUAUGUUGUUUUAUCUUGCAUAUGUACUAAAAAAAACAAAACAAAACAAAACAAAAAAAUACUAAUCCCAAAACUGUAAUGCCAUCCAUCUUGCACGCGGGGUCACCACACAUGGACACGCUCAAAAACACCAUACUGUCUAAUAUUGACAACGUCACCGUCUGUGGUCUUAAUAUUAUCAAUAAAUUGACAAA